ACUUUGUCUAGUCGAAUGAUCUGUGAUGUGUUUUGAUCAUAAUUAAUUGUUUGUUUUUUUCAUCCGUAUUAAGUGGAUAUUUUAAUUGAAUAAUGAAAAUAAAAUUCUUAGUAACACAAUUGAUUGAUUCAACCGCAUAGCGUUUUCGUAUAGAAUGACAGACUUUUAUUAUAAAACUCUGUCAACUACUGUUGUUCAUUGUUAAUGUAAGUCUCUUGAACGACACAUAAACAACGAUAUACAAAGCCGAAAAUUGAGAGGGAGAACCAGAAAGACUACAACGGCAGUACAGUACACGGAUUGUUUGUGUUUACUCUCGCACUCGUCACCAAGAAGAAAACGAAUCGUCGUGCGCGCAUCACAUACGAACACAUUGAACUUGAAGCUGGAAAUCAGUCAGCAAUCAGUUAUCAUAGAACAUACGACACAUGCGUUCAUUUUAAAUCGAAAUUUAAACAAGUGUUCGUGUUUCUUUAGCGUCUUUUUUUUAAAUCAGUGAAUUGUGAAUUUAGUUUUAUUCCCAAAAUUUCGGUUCCAUGCGGAAAAGUCAGCUUGCGUAUUAGCGGCUGAAAGACGAAUAAUUUUUUAAAUGGCGCUAAAUAAUAAUGAAAUUAGAGAGCCGACUCUAUCAGAGUUUUAUGCUGGGAAAAAUAUUUUCAUUACUGGUGGAACUGGUUUUUUGGGCACCGUUUUAAUCGAAGCACUAUUAAGUUCAACACCAAAAAUUGGAACGAUUUACCUGCUUAUACGCGAUAAAUAUGGCUCAGACACACGCGAACGCAUCAAGCGAUUAUUGUCAAAACAAAUUUUUGAAUCCCAUACCGAAGAAACGUUAAAAAAAAUUGUACCAGUCGUUGGUAUAAUGGAUGCCGAGAAUAUGGGUUUUGAUGAUGAAACAUUAUGUGAAUUACGAGAAAAUGUGAAUAUAAUUUUCCAUGUAGCUGCCACCAUAAAAUUCAAUACACAUUUACGUGUUGCAAUUCGAACAAAUUUAACUGGAACAUUGCGUUGCAUUGAAUUUGGCAAAACUCUUCGAAAAUUGGAUGCAUUUAUUCAUCUGUCGACGGCAUUCUGUAACAGUAACUAUGGCGGUUUGAUGGAAGAAAAAGUGUAUACACCAGUUCAGGAUCCAUACGAUAUGCUGAAAAUGGCUGAAAACGAUGAUGCUUGGAAUGAUAUUAAAACACGAGCCGAUUGGUUACACAUAACGAAAGACCAUCCGAAUACAUACACAUUUACAAAGCAAUUAGCUGAAAAUUUAGUAAUGAAAGAGUUGACUGGGUUUCCUGCGGCAAUUGUGAGACCUUCGAUCGUGUAUGGAACGUACGAGUAUCCAGUUCAAGGUUGGGUAGGCAAUGCAAGCAGUGGUCAUCUUGGAUUCUUUGCUGGCUAUUACAAAGGUUUAUUCCGUACAAUUUAUGGAAAUUCACAAUCAAAGAUCGAUCUUAUACCAGUCGAUUACACGAUAAACGCUUCACUUGUGCUAGGGUGGUAUGUUGGAACGCGAAAAUUAGAAUUGCCCGAAGUAGUUCAUUCGACAUCGGGCGAUGUGAAUCCCAUAACAGUGCAAGAAUAUGCUGAUAUUAUAAACGACCGUGUCCGGGUGAAUCCGAGUUUAAAAAUGGUCUGGGUUCCAUUUGCAAAAAUUCGAAAUGGCCUCAGACACACCGUUUUCUUUUACUUGUUCCAUAUAUUACCGUGUAUGCUUUGGUAUUGGCCCGAAAAAUGGCUUGGUCUUGGUGUUCGCCAUCACACGAGUUUGGAAUUUAUGCGUGUAUUUGAUAAGGGCACCAAAGCUUUUCACUUUUUUUUGAAUAAAAAUUUCCAAUAUUCCACCAAAAAUGCGCAGAGAAUUUCAUCAAUGAUGCAUCCAAAAGAUACCGUCCGAUACAAAUUCGAUGCCAGCGAACUCGAUUGGAGUGAGCUUCUGGAACGUAAUUUCUUAGGAGUGCGCCGGUACUUCUAUCGAGAGAAAGGUGACACAACGAAAUUACAUGUCAUCGUUUAUGCUAUAUUUCAAACAUUGCACUACAUUGGAUUAGCGACUAUGAUAUGUCUAUCGUAUAUACUAUUCUGUGGAGUUGAUUUUUUGUUUGGAUUUGACUCAUCAACACCCUUCCUAAUGAGUCUAGGAUUACUUCUUGGUAGCUUUUUAAUUUGGUUAUAAGUACUUUAAUUCGAACUAAAGUAAUCAUAUUCUUACUUGGAGAAUUAUAAAUGUUAUUGAUUAUUGUGUUCUCAGUUGAAGAAUUCCAUGUAGAUAAAGCUGAAUUAUUUGCUGAAACUUCCAUUCGAAAUCAUUAGAAUUUAAUAUAUGUAUUUAAAUUCAGCGAACGCUUUUUCUCUUUCGAAAAUGUAAAAAGAUAUUUGAAAAAAAACCGCUUUAUCAAAAAUAAACAAAAAAAGUACAAAUCUUUGGAAGGAUUACAUAUUGAAUUCAAAUCAUAUUUAAGCCAAAAUAAUAAUAAAAUUGUUCACUGUUUUUAAAUUUUAUCAUAAUGAAAGCAGCCAAUCGAAGCCAAUAUUGAAAACAAUUUAAAUGUUUUUUAAGUUAUAAUGCAUCUUCUAUAUUCAAAGAUUAUUUUUGGCUACCUAUUUUAAGAUGGCGCUGCGUCAAAUUCACGUUGAAAUAAAUCAGUCGAUAUUGUUUUAUUAAACAGAAUAAAAUGUGAGUGAUUUUCAUAAGGUUGCUCAAAUAAAUUAGUAAAAAAGAGGUUUUUAAACAUUGUCGGCCUAAUUUAUAGACUUUCUCCAGUAUUUUUCUUCACCAAAAAUGAGUUUCCAUCGCAAUUUUAACGAUUGAAA